AUGCUGACGGACGGCCGCAUCCUCAACCAACGACGGAUUCACUUCCAAUCGCGCCUGUUCACAACCACCGUCCACCAACUUCUCUUCGCCGACGACUGCGCCCUCAACGCCGCCUCGGAAGGGAACAUGCGAAGGAGCAUGGGACUCUUCGCUGCCGCCUGCAAGAACUUCGGCCUGAUUAUUAACACGGAGAAGACGGUUGUCAUGCGCCAACCGCCACCCAACACAGCCCCUCCCUACAAUGCGCAACAGAUUAGCGUGAACGCAACCCAAAUGCAAGUUGUGGACAACUUCCCGUAUCUGGGCAGUACCCUCUCCAGCAGCACCAAGAACGACGAUGAGGUGACCUGCGGUUAUCCAAGGCCAGCCACGCAUUCGAUCGUCUUCAAAGCAAAGCAUGGAAUCGCCACGGUUUCCACCUCAACACGAAAAUGA